GUCAUAAAGCAGAAGCUGGAAAACCAGUGAGAUCUCUGAGCCUCCUCAUCUCUGAGUCAGAAGUCUGCCAGGGUUUGAGCGCUUCACAAGAGGAGGAGGGAUCAGGCUUCUCGGAUACAGGAGGACCCACAGGCAGCUCCAAAAGUUUGUCAUGUGUUGUUAGAGGCUUUUUUAGCGUGUUAGAGACUUGAUGCACAUCAGUUACCAAUAGGCACAGAUUUACCAUAGCGCUUAUUUUAUAGCGAUCAUGUGAGGCGUGACAAGGAAACAGGAGCUCAGGACCAAAAGCCAUCUGUUUCUUCUUUGGAAUUUUGCACUGCACAGAGCAAGAAGGUGGCAAAGCUUGUACGCUUAAAUACGGAGACUGAGGAAGGGCAAAAAGUCAUUCUGCCUAAAUUUUCUUGGGAGCUGUCAGAGAGAAGCAUCCUCUCACGGAUACCAGAAGUAGCAACCGCUCGCUUGAACAUGAUUGCAUGAGGUUUUAAAGAUACUGACUCUUCAAAAGAUAACACAAUAUCAAAAGAGAAGUUCUGGAAUAUUUGUAACCAACAUUUUCAGCAUCUGACAGAAGAGCAAUUUGUCAUUUCCUUACUACCUUAGAGGAGUCUGGUUUUGUAAAGCUAGCGUUUACAGCAGUCAUCUUUCUUCAUCAGUUUGAAAAUCUUUGGAACACAGUGGAUGUCAGUGUUGGUGGAUGACUGAAAUAUCAGGAAUUCUUGAAGAAAUUCAGCUCAGAACAUCUAACAAUGUCAUCGACCACUCCCAGUGCUACCAGUCCCGUGCCUUCUACCAACCCGGCUACCUGCACAUCUUCUCAGCCUGAGCAUCCCAAGACACCUUCUUCUCUAGUGGGGCAGAAGAGUACAUCAGCAUCGAGCUGUCCUCAGACAACAACAGCAUGUUCUGUGCCUGUCCCUAAAUGGGAAGAAAUAGAAAAUAAGAUAAGAAAGAAUAUCCAGUGUUCCUGGAGAGACAUACUGAAGCUGUGUCAAGAGAAGGACGUCAGCAAGCUAGGAGAAAUCCCAGUGUCUGAGUUCCUAGAAAUAGUAGAGAAGUUCCAUCUGGAUUUAAGCAAAGAAGAAAUUAACCAAAUAACGACAAAAUACGAUAUCAAGAAAAACGGAAAAUUUGCAUACUAUGACUUCUUUCAGAGCUGUGUCUUGUUGUUAAAACCACAGAAAAGCACACUGCUACAAAGAGUGAUUAUACCGAAGCCACAAAAACCGAUGAGUCCUGGACCACAAUCCACGCUGUUCUACAGCACGAUGCUGAGAAUUCAGCCCCAGAUCUUGCACUGUUGGAGACCAAUGAAGCGCACUUUUAAAUCCUAUGAUGAAAGUCGUACUGGACUGUUAAAUGUUGCAGAUUUCAGACAAGUUCUUCAUGAGUACAAAAUCAACCUAUCUGAAGAAGAGCUAUUUAACAUUUUGGAAUACUAUGAUAAAACUUUGUCUUCAAAAAUAUCCUAUAAUGAUUUUCUCCGGGCAUUCUUACAGUAGGAUUUGGUCAAAUGCAGGAAACUGUAGAUAAAGACAGUGACGGAUUUAUAAUUUCAAAUUUCAAACUAAUAAAUUAAUUGAGAAUGGC